AUGGUAAUGGAUGAGAGUAAACAGUCAAUAGCUCUCUUAAGAUUGAAGAUUACCGAUUAUCAUAUGGAAUCUGAUAAAAAAUUUUUGUACUCAACUAGUUGUUUUGAACCAGUAAUAUCUCAAAGAACACAAUGUGACGGUUCAGGUAGUUGUGGUACAGGAGUAUGCGGAGGAAUACAACCAAGUGAUAUUGAUUGUAAAGGUUUGUUACGAGAUUAUGCGGCAACACACUAUCCUGGAAAUAGUUAUUGUACUUCAACUCACACUAACUUUGAUUGUGGUUGUUAUAUAAAACCUCUUAAUACUAUUUGUGAUUAUCAUCGUGUUGCAUUAUCACCACGUCCACCAUAUUAUGAUGUUCAUGAAAUAACAAAUGUCCAAGUUAAAUAUAAUGUUGAAUUAUUUCUUGAUGAUAAAAAAUUGUCAGUGGGUACCAGUGAUUCUUCACAAAUUAAAUACUCCUUUGAUGGAAGUUUUGUUCCAGAUUUGACUUUGAAAUCAAGAAAAUUGGUUCAAAUGGGUAAUGAUUUUUAUGAUUUAUCAGGUGCAGCCGAUAGAGGGGGUGGAGUACCAGGUCAAUUUGGUGACUUCCAAGGAACAUCAAUUAAUGAUUUAAAAAAUUCAAUUCAUUCAAAUAUAAAAUUUGCACAUGGUAUAAUUUCAAAUGUUAAUUCAGUUAGAAACGGCCAUAAAGUUUCAAUUAAGGCUGACAUUAGCAAACCUGGUUGUAACGUUUUACCUAAUGGUGGUGUAAAAUUUCCAACAAGAAUUGGUGAUUUAUUAUAUUCUGCUGAUAAAGAUGGUGUUUUAUAUGGUUAUCCCUCACAACAUUCUCCAAUCAACAUUUAUUUAACUAUUCCAAAUAAAAAUAUAAUUUCAUUUACAAAGAUUAUUAAAGAAGUUUGUCCUAUUGCCCAAAAUUUAAUAUUAAAAGAAAGUUGCAAAAACUGUUUAUCAGAAGCCUCAUUUUUUUUUUUUACAUAUUAA